AGGCAGGAACUCCCCAAGGGUCUGCGUUCUCCUUUCCUUCGAAAUGGGAAACCCCGAGGCUUUAAGGCAUUUGUCUUAAACUUGGCACAGCGGGUUCGGUGCUGAUGAAGACGCACGGACAGGCUUUUUGGAACAUUUGCAGAGCCCGAGGGCCAGCGGCGUCCUGGAGGGGCUGUGGCUGGGCCGGAGGCCCCUGGCUCGACAUAAACCUGAACUCGCCUAGCAAAGGUCUGCUGCCUGAUGCCAUGAUGGACGUGCCUGUGGACACAGCCGUGGCUGCCCAAAGUCCUGUCACGGAGGGCCUGACAGAGGCCGAGGAGGAGGCGCUCAGGGCUGAGCUGGCAAAGGUGGAAGAGGAGAUCGCCACCCUGCGCCAGGUGCUGGCAGCCAAGGAGCGGCACUGCGGAGAGCUGAGGCGGCGGCUGGGCUUGUCCCCACUGCAGGGCCUGAGGCAGGGCCUCUCCAGGAGCUGGCAGGACAUGCAGGUCUCCAACGCCUACGUGAAAACGUCAGAGAAACUUGGGGAGUGGAACGAGAAGGUGACCCAGUCGGACCUCUACAAGAAGACCCAGGAGACGCUGUCCCAGGCGGGACAGAGGACGUCAGCUGCCCUGUCCACUGUGGGCUCUGCCAUCAGCAGGCGGCUUGGAGACAUGAGGAAUUCCGCGACCUUCAAGUCUUUUGAAGACCGAGUUGGGACCAUCAAGACCAAGGUGGUGGGCGGCAGAGAGAACGGCAGCGACAGCCUUCCUUCCCCAAAUGGGAGUGGCGACAAGCCCCUGCCCGACCCCAUGCCCUUCUAAGCCUGCAGCAGCUCCGCCCGGCCGCGGAACACGUGCCAGCACACUCUCACCGCCGACGGGAGCACCGCGCCACCAAACCGCCAGCAGCAUGGCGGGGGCCUCCGUCCACCUGGCCACGGCCGCUGCGUCAGCCACAGUCAGAGGGCAGUUUUGUGUGCGGACGCUUCCCACGGAAGUGAGCAGGUGCGGCAGGUCACUGCGCCACCCCCCUGGGGCAGGGCAGCGGGCCGGGCAGCCUGAGCGAAGCCUGAGCGCCCCGUGGCCCCCUUGGAAGCGCGGCAGAGGCAUGGGGAGCCCAGCGGCCCUCCCAAGGCAUGGGCAGGAAAGGCCUCCAGGAACCUGCUGGCCUGCAGCCCUACCCCAGGGCUGAGGGGGACACGGAGGCCGCCCACCACGCUCCCAGGGCACGCGCUUUGCUUGUUAAAUGUAGUGGGCGGUUGAAGAGCGAGACUCAGCAAAGCAGCUUUAGCCUCAUAGAGAACAUUAUUUCUUUGGACUCAGCUGAAAUACAAGCCUUACGUCACCCUCCGCUCCCCUGUUUAUAAUGUUUUUACAUGUAAAGCGGGUUCCUUGUGGCCUGAGCAGAGAUCUGGGGCCACCGCCGCUCGCUGUCACACUCUGUCCCGGCAUGAGGCUUCCCUCCCGGUCGUCCACGGCUCUGGGGUGGCUGUGAGCCGGGUGGGGCUCUGCGGGGCAGGGGCUGGGUGUCCUUCCUCACAGCUGCCCACCCCGUCCCUGGCCUUGUGCCUUCCUGGCUCAUAGCGGGCAGAGCCUGGCUGUGGGCAUCAGCCCGCCUGGGGCCCUUGGUGUGCUCCGGGGCCCGAGCCACUGGGCGCGGGAAGGGUGGGCUUGCUUACCCUCUCUUCAAUAAAUCUUUUCUGGGGAAAUUGUUGGCUGUGUUGUUGC